GUAUACUCUGCUAACAAGACAAUCAGUCCAAACAAAAUCCUCCGCUCCUUCCCACCGCUCGACGCUAAAGAGAUCAUCGCUUUGACGGUGUUGAUCGUCCGAAAGAUUCCGGAACCGCUGUUCGCGGAGCUGAUCGACCAUGCUAAAUAGUUGGCGAGACGUCAUACUCAUACCUUGAAUGGCUACGUGCAUCAUUGUGUGGAUAGACUAAAACUAAACUUAUGGUUUGUCUGGUUCGGUUCGGGUGAUUGCAUAGUUGGUUUUCUUUCUUGCGGCACUUUUUUUUUUAACUUUUUUUUGACAUGUAUUAUCUACUUCUGCAUGAUUACCCAUUGUUGUUCUGUUCUGCUUUGUUUUGUUCUGCUUGCUGUGUUUCACCUUGCUUUCCCUGAUCGUUCUAUCUGUUUGCUUUGUUCUACCUUUUUCUGUCUGCUGUCUGAUAAGGUUGUCUUUUUUUCUUUUCUUUUUUCAUAUUACCCAGUGGUCGGCGUUGCGAGUCCCUUGCCCUUUUUUGCCGUUACUUCCCCUUUGAUACUAUUGUUUUCUGAUUCACUUGUUUGUGUCACUGCCAGCGCUGUACUAUUUCCCCUUUCCCCUGGUUUCACUUGAUUUUUUUAACCCUUAUGCGAUAAGAUGAGAUGAGAUGAGACGACACAAGACAAAAAGGAUGCGAUGAGAUGCGAUGAAUGAGAAAAGACGGAUGAUACAGAUGAGGAGACGAUACAGAUGAUGAAGAUGAACUCCAUGAAUGACUGAACUGAAACCAGCCAGACUGCCUGGGAAAGAAAGACGAAAGACACGGGACUGUGCAUAGCAUGCGAAAAAA